UUGAAGCAGUUUUUCGGUCAUCUCUCGCCCAGCGAGUCCAUCAGUCGUCCUCCGUCGUCGCGUAUUAGUUUUUUGUUCCGUCGUGCGUGUGUCCCCGUGAGGAAAAGUGACCCCCGAAAAAUCGUACCAAUCGUUCGGAAAAGUGCGUUCCUGAUCCGCCUCCGGGUGGUUAAAAUGUUCCACAGUUGAUUGCCGUCAGUUUGGUGCAAGGAAAUCCGACAGCAAGCGCAAUUCGGAGCUUGCAGAAGAAGCAACUACGUUCGCAGCCUUUGUGCGCUUUCCUAAUCCUGCCUGUGCUACGAGAGUGUUCCGCAGUCGUGGGUUUUCAGUUCGUCCAGUUCAACAUUGGGAAAGUUAACCCAAGUGGAUCCAACAGAUGAUGUCGAAUCCACCUCAAUACUAUGGAAUGGCAAAUGGUUAUCCUCCAGCAACUAAUGGACCACAACAGCAGCAAAGCCAAUUUCCGCCAACGUCCCAGCAGCAGAUUAUGCCACCACAACCGCAGCAACAGUAUCCUGCGAAGAACAUUAUGAUGAACGGACCAUCACAGUAUCCCCCAGGAAUGCCUGGAGCCACCUCUCAAUAUGGUGUACCACUAACAUCUGUGGCCCCGGUUCCAUUGCAAAAUGGACCACCGAUGAUGCAGAAGCCGCUGUUCAAUACUCAGUUGCCGCAGCCGAACAAUCGAGUAGCGAAUCUAGUUUCGAAUGGCAACAGUGCUACCUCAUCUAGAACGUCAUCACCUGCUCUAGUUAACAACAAUAUUCCGGCGUCGCAGUUGCCACCAUCGAUGAGCAAUCGAUCAACAGGUACCUCCUAUCCGACGCCGUCUAGUCAAAUUCAACAGACUGCUAUGCCUCCAACCAACAACCACAGCAUGGGUUCCAACAACAACUGGACGAGUGGGAUUCCUGCCGGCACGAUAAACACACCUCCAAAGACAGCUUCGGGUCUUUCAACUCCACUAAAUGCCUCUACUCCAACGUUAGGAGGGAUGGCACCCCUUAAUGGGCCCGUCAGCAAUCUAACAGCUAGCAUGCAAAAUCUAAGCGUCAAUCGACCGCCAUCUGCGCAACAGCAAGUAACCCAAGUAAAUGGGUCUGGCACUCCAAAUCCUUCAAUUCCCGGCAGCAGCUAUCCUAAUCAACCUCAACACGGACAAGUACCACCACUGAAGCAGCCAAAUGUUCCACCAACCACAAGCAGUAUACAGCCUGCAUAUGGCCAGCUACCACCACUAACCAACCAACAGGGGCGACCUAUGAAUGGAAACCACGUCCCCAACCCACAAAUGCCUACACAAACUCAACAGCAAAUUCUGCCUCCUUCGAGUAGCGUAGGCCAAACUGGCCCAGGCAUGCCACCAACCACUUCUUCGGUCGUGACCUCUACUACUUCAGCCAUCGGCAAGAGACCUCUGUAUCCCUCACAGACCAUGCCCCCUAUGCCCACGCCCCAACAAACCAACAGCUACUAUCCAAAUCAACAACAGCAACAACCACUUCAGCAGCAACCCCCAAUGCCCGGUAUGCAUCCGAACCAACAAUUCCAGCAGCAGCAGCCCCAUCAGCAUAGUCAUCUUCCUCAUCAACACCAUCAUCACCAUCAACAACAACAACAGCAACAACAGCAGCUUCAACAACCCUACGGUGCCAACUAUCAACAGCAGCAGCAAUCACAGCAACAGCAGCAGCAACAGGACCCCCAGUACGGUGGCGUGGUGAGGGGUGGGUUCAACCGACUGUGGGGUAACAACACGGUAGACCUCCUGCAGAACCGACAUAUUCUGCCGGUGGAAAAGGUUCGGCCGCCACCGAUACACCUGAACCAUCCGUUCCAGGAGGCGGUCAACUGUAAUCCAGAUAUUUUCCGGUGUACCCUGACGAAAAUUCCGGAAACGAAUCAACUGCUGCAAAAAUCGAGACUUCCACUGGGUGUGCUGAUACACCCGUUUAGGGAUUUGAAUAAUCUACCGGUAAUUUCCUGCAAUACGAUAGUGCGAUGCCGGGCCUGCCGAACCUACAUCAACCCGUUCGUGUUCUUCGUCGACAGUAAAAAGUGGAAGUGCAACCUGUGCUACCGAGUCAACGAAUUACCGGAGGAGUUCCAGUACGAUCCUGUAACGAAAACUUACGGAGAUCCAACGCGGCGACCUGAAAUCAAAUCCAGCACGAUAGAGUUCAUCGCACCUUCGGAGUAUAUGUUGCGACCUCCUCAGCCGGCGAUCUACCUGUUCCUGUUGGACGUUUCUUCGCUGGCCCAGCAAACCGGCUACUUGCACACCGUCUGUAGCACGCUAAUCGAACAGCUGGAAAGUUUACCGGGUGAUGCGCGGACCCAGGUCGGCUUCGUUGCCUACAACAGUGCGAUCCACUUCUACAACAUUGCCGAGGGCUACAAUCAGCCGCACGAGAUCACCGUCCUGGAUGUGGAAGAUGUGUUUCUACCGUACCCGGACAACCUAUUAGUAAACUUGAAGGAGUGUAAGGAACUGAUCAAGGAUCUGUUGACCCAGCUGCCCAAGCGGUUCGAGCAUGCCCACGAUAGUAAUAGUGCGCUGGGUGCGGCACUACAAGUGGCAUACAAACUGAUGAGCGCCUGUGGUGGUCGGGUCACCGUAUUCCAAUGCUGUUUGCCAAACUACGGCCCUGGUGCUCUGCAAUCGCGGGAGGAUCCCAACAAUCGCUCAUCAAAGGACGUGGCCCACUUGGGCCCGGCAACGGACUUCUACAAGCGAUUAGCUCUGGAUUGUUCUGCCCAGCAGAUCGCCGUUGAUCUGUUCCUGUUAAAUAGUCAGUACUGUGAUGUAGCAACAAUUUCUGGAAUAAGUAAAUUCAGUGGUGGAUGCAUGCAUCACAUCCCGCUGUUUAGUACAUCGAAACCACAGCUGGUGAAAACCCUGCAGAAGUGUUUCGAACGCUACCUAACCCGAAAGAUCGGCUUCGAAGCUGUUAUGCGGGUGCGUUGCACCCGGGGGCUAGCGAUACACACAUUCCACGGAAACUUCUUCGUGCGAUCGACGGAUUUGCUUUCGUUGCCGAACGUGAAUCCGGACGCCGGCUUUGGCAUGCAGAUCACCUACGAAGAAAGCUUGGCCGACGUCAAAUCGGUAUGCUUCCAGGCGGCGUUGCUGUACACCAGUAGCAAAGCCGAACGGCGGAUUCGCGUCCACACGUUGUGUAUUCCCGUCACUGCGAGCCUGUCGGAAGUUAUGUACUCGGCCGAUUCGCAGUGCAUCGUCGGUUUGCUGGCCAAAAUGGCCGUGGAUCGAUCGCUGACCUCGAGCCUGUCCGAUGCCAGAGAUGCCUUCAUCAACGCCACCGUUGACAUAUUCCAGGCGUUCAAGAUUGCGCAAAAUUUGCCGCAGAAUUCCGGAUCGAUCGUGGCCCCGGAGAAUCUCUCGCUUAUGCCUCUGUACAUCUUGGCGCUGCUGAAACACGCUGCAUUCCGGGUAGGCACCAGUACCCGACUGGACGAUCGAGUGUUCGCGAUGAGCGAGAUGAAAACGAUGCCCCUGGAUCAACUGAUCCGAUACAUCUAUCCCGACUUCUACCAGCUGGACAGUCUGUUCCACAGUGCUACCCAGGAGGGAGCGGAUGGUGAAUCGCAUUUGGUGGAACCACCGCGGUUACAACUGUCGGCCGAAAAGUUCGAUUCACGAUCGAUGUUCUUACUGGACUGUGGACCUCACAUGUUCAUCUACGUGGGAUGCAAUGUAUCACCAUCGAUUCUGAAUGAUGUUCUUGGAGUGAACAGUUUUUCGGAAAUACCAGACUUCUGUGUCGAGCUGCCGAGCCGGGAGACCCCAGCCAGUGAGGCAUUGUUUGCAUUUAUCGAUGCCAUCAACGAGGAGAAACCAUAUUCUUCUUACGUGCAGGUCAUCAGGGACAACAGUCAAUUCCGUGCGUACUUCGUGGAGAAGUUUGUCGACGACAGGAAUCAGAGUUCGCUAUCGUACUACGAGUUCUUGCAACACCUGAGAACCCAAGUGAAGUAAUGCAAAAUAAACCGAAAAAAAUGAAGAUGAAAGUAUAUUUAGCUGUUUUCAAGUUGAAUGUAGCGAGCCGAGCGGAGAGAUUUUUAAUAGGUAAGCAUCCACACAAACACACAUACACAAGAAGAACCACACCACACCACACACACACUGUAGUAAAUGUAUCGCAAACGGAACGGUUGGGGCGAUAAUUUUAUCCUUCUGCGAAAAACACAGGACAUAAGUAUGUAGCAAAUUAUGUAAAAUAAAAAAAUAUAGUGAGAGUAAUGCAAAAAAAAUCUAGCUAAUCAAUGGUUGCAAGUGUAAAGUGAAACAAUAAAAUUAUAUAUAUUUAAAUAUGAAACCAUCGUAGGUAAACUGAAAGCAAAUAAAAACACUGGAAUAUCGACGACUGCGAACGUUUACUGUCUACGAUUGUAACAUACUACGCUAGGGUAAUGAAGAAACAGCAAAUGUAAUCAAUUGAUAGAAACACUGUAAGAUGUAUCCCCCUAAGAUGUACCCAGAUAAAUAACUUAUAGUUUACCUUUUCGAUAAAAAAAAUCUGGCGCGUUUCGGUAACAUUUCCUACCUUAUCAAAAUCCGUAGUUCAAGAAACGAAUUUACAUAAAUUGAGAUUUUUUGAAUUACUAUAAACCAAUAAUGCAUUCAAAAUCAACACGAUAGAAGCCUUUUUAUCCUUCGACGAUAGAACCUGUAGUUACUAGAGGAAGAAAACGUUUAUGACUUUCAAGGCACCUGAUAAGCUCGGUUGAUCGAUAAUUUUAUUUCUGCUCAAAGCAAAAAAAAAUCUAUUGGUUUCGCCAAUAGAGAAGGCAUUUUCAUGUUAUUGGUAUUCUUGUUUAUUUUUUCGUUUAUUAAUUACGUAAUCGGUAGGUUAGUUCUGUAACAUAUUUAGAGUGCUUUUUUAAAUGAAGAAACAUCAUUGUAUUAGGUUGUACAGAUCCAUUCACUUAUUAUUGUUUAACGCAAAGUCAUCAUGUAAGAACAGCAUGUACAUUUGGAUGCAACUGUGGAAACGCUACGCGGAACAAGAACGUUGCGCGGACGACUGGUGAGCUAUAUUUACUGUUUACCUACUAUAUUAUGAUAAUUAUGUAUCCUUCAAAGUUAGGUUAUUGUAUAGUUAUUUUGUUGGCACAUUUCAAUGUCCUCUUUCGGCUAAGUAUGUUUGCGUUUAACUGCUAAUCUAUUGUACUGGAAAUGGAGUAUCAUUGUUUAAAGCUUUACUACUGUUUGUUUAUGCUACGAUUGUUUCGGUAACGGGCAGUAAACGAAAUAGUCAGAGUAAAUGAAAACAAUUUCGGUGUAUGCAUGAUGUUGAUUAUACAUAAUCAAAUCUUAUGAUAUGAGUUAUCAAUAAAUUACAGAUACUGUAUGAGCA